UUAUUUCAGAUGUGUUGUCCCUUUUUCUAGGGGUCGUAAAAGGUGCAUUUGGUUUCAUAUGGUUUCAAGGCAUUUGAAAUGACUUUUUUGUGUCUUAGUUUUGAUCCAUUGAAGCUGUUGGACAUCUUGAGGAGCAAAAGGUUGAUGUCCAUAGAUUCAGUGCAGAGAACCAAUUUGAGGCAAUGUCUUGUUUGGUGCAAUCCAUGACUCCUGAGGAGAAAGAAAAUCUUUUCAUGGAAUUACUGCCAUGAAGAUCUUCAAUGCUGAGGAGUAUAAUGCAUCAACUGAGUACUACUGGGAGCCCUUUGUUGUGGAGUCUAAUUCAAACCAUGCAAAAAUUCACUAUCUUGAGGCGGCUGGUGAACCUUGAUGCCAAAUCCAAAAAGGGCAAGAGCUAGGAAGGAGUUGAUGUAAGGGUGUUUGAGAGCUAUGUCAGCCUAAGAUUGAUGCUAGGUUUCGGGUUUUUUGGCUUUCAGUUAUGGAAACUUGGCAAAUUAGUUAUCCAACAUCAAUCCUCUAGUUUAGAGGGUCUUCUUCAUGAUUAUGCCCUCAACAGAACUGUGGUAUGUUUCGCUUGCUGUUUUCUAUUAAGAAACAAACAUCCCAAAUCUUGAAAUUAAGAAGAUGAUGAUUAUAGCUGCAAGUUUCAGGAGCUGGGAAUGGAAGCCAGGCAGCCACGAGAAGAGAACUGCUUCUAUGAGACAUCUAAUUUAAGAAGCAUCAUAUACUGGGGAGCUGGAUCUAGUCUGGUCAUCAAGAGUAGUUCAUGACAUUUUACAAUAACUAAGAUCAAUUUUCGAGAUUAGAAUAUAAAAAGGAUCUUUGAAAACAUUGCUGAAUAUAGAAGCAUUGGGGACGAAGAACACCAGAUUAGAGACAAGGAAGGAAUGUGCAACCUAUGGUACAAUGGCAACCUCUUUAAGGAGAUUCCAAUAAGAUCAAUAUUGAUGCAGCAAUACAACAAGGGCAAGGCAUAGCCAGGUUUUGGAGUUGUCCUUGGGAACUGUGACAGCAAAGUUACAGGAGCUGUGCAGAGAACUUGUAGGCUUCAAGGAUCAGUUCUUCAUGCUGCGGUUAUGGCUAUUGAUUUUGCAAUGGGGACGGGCAUAGAAUUUGGACACAGAAAUGGCAUCAUUGAAUCAAAUUGUGUUCAAGCCAUGCAAGUAGCUAUGUCUAACAGUGAUUGUUGUCUUCCCUUUGGAGCAAUUGUGGAGGAAUUUCGAGCUAAGAAAUUCCAUUUUGUUUCUCUAUGUUUCCAGCAUUUAAAGGGUAGUGUAACUUGCAAGCGUAAAAGUUGGCUCAGCUACAAUCACCUCUCCACCAUGGGAGGGUGUUUGUAAAUAAGGAAUGUAAAAUCAAGAUGUUUGAUAUUGUCAUACAAAAAAAUGAGUAAUUUUCAU